CACUCCCUUCUCCAUCCUAUCAAAAAGUAGGCGUCAGUGUCUAGCCGAGUGUCAUUGGGUUAAAGUUUGUUCCUCUUGCGCUGCUCAUAUAAAUAAUAACAACCGAUAUUUUUUGGCUAGCAUGUGGAGAGAAUCCCUGUUAUAUAAGUAGACCGGUUUCAUACACAUUCAAAGUCAGCUGAAUACUCUGGCAGAUACAAGCAGCAGCAUGUCGGUCGACAGCGUGUUUAGGACCCGCUCCCUCGGUGUGGCCGCCGAGGGUCUUCCUGACCAGUAUGCCGACGGCAAAGCAGCGAAAGUCUGGCAGCUGUACAUCGGAGACACGCAGAGUAGGACGCAGGAGUACAAGAGCUGGGUGGUGUCUUUGCUGAAAGAGCAUGGGGUGCGGAGAGUGCUGGAUGUAGCCUGCGGAACAGGAGUUGACUCCAUUAUGUUGCUCGAGGAGGGCUUUAACGUGGUGAGUGUGGAUGCCAGCGACAAAAUGCUCAAGUAUGCACUGAAGUCGAGAUGGGAGAGAAGAAAAGAACCAGCUUUUGACCAGUGGGUGAUUGAAGAGGCCAACUGGCUGAUGUUACAAGAAGACAUUCAGAAACCAGGCGAUGGCUUUGAUGCUGUUAUCUGCCUUGGCAACUCAUUCGCUCACUUACCAGACUUUAAAGGGGACCAGAGUGACCAAAAAUUGGCCCUUCAGAACAUUGCCAGUAUGGUGAGACCAGGGGGGAUCCUCAUCAUUGACCACCGCAACUAUGACUACAUCCUAGAGACCGGGCUGGCGCCACAAGGCAAAAAUAUUUACUACAAGAGCGAUUUAACUCAGGACAUCUCCACCUCAGUGCUGUGGGUCAACAGUAAACCCCAUAUGAUUACACUGGACUACACCAUCCAUGUGCCCCAGGCUGCCCUCCAGAAUCUUCCUGAAGUCAGUAAAUUCCGUCUGUCCUAUUACCCUCACCGUCUGGAUAGCUUCAAAGCUUUGCUGAAAGAGGCCUUCUACGGCAAAGCGGAGCACAGCGUCUACGGAGAUUUCCAGACGUACAUCCCCGGUCAGUCCCAAGCCCCGUGCUACUUCAUCCAUGUCUGUAAGAAGAAAGCCUAAGAGCCCUACUCAUCAACAUCCUACUCAUACAAACACACAUGGCCCUCUGCCCAACAAUCCUACAAUCCUCCAGAUUUGGACACAAUUAAAUUUGAAUAUGUUUUUCAAAAUAUUUCAUCUUAUAUUUCUUGCAAAACUGAAGUUUUGAUGAAUGAUGAGAGGACUGGUUAAGUGAAGAGCACAUAGACACUAAAAUCAUCCAUGUGUCCCUGAUAGAUUGUUGACUGGAGUGUCCCAUGCUAAUACAUGAGCACACACAAGGAUGGCUGUAAUUAAGAACAUAAGACUGGCCUUUAUAGAAAACAUAUUGUUAGUGUUUUUUAUGGCCUGAAAAAUUGUUAUUCAUACCAUUUGGCUUUAGAACUCCCUAAAAUUUUCAUUUUCUCUCAUUUUAUAGAAAAAAAACAUGUAUGCUGAAAUGUUUGAACUACCAGGCCUCUUCGGCUUUACUAGGAAUAACUGGAUGAUUUUAAUCUCUAUGUUCUGAUAACAUGAUUGGAGUUAAAAAACAGCCAGUUCUUUGAACUCUCACAUAGAUCAAUAGUCUAAAUAGGAUGAACCUAGGUUACAAAAUAACAUGUAUUGAGUGCUCCUCAUUUCUUAAAAAUAUACUCACUCAGACUGUAUUGGACCACUGUUAUGCCUGUGUCUAGUAUCUUCUCAAUGUGCUGCUUUUGUGUUAUAUUUGUUUCUGUCCACCCUGCUUCUUCCCUCUCUGAGCCUUAACAUCCAAAAUGAACAUGUUUCAAAAUGGUGCUGCACAUCAGUGAUAUUCCUCACGAGGGAAUACUUGUCCAUCACCAGUUAUGUAUAAAGAUAUGUUCAUAGACAGUUCUAUUUUGUACGUUUACCACAAGGGUCUUAAAACACACAGAUAAACCAUCUGUGUCUUUGAUUAUGGUAGCCUUUCUUUUUUCAUGUAUUGUUGAACUGGAAAAGAAAAAAGAGAUGAUCUCAUUUUGGCUUCCUUCCUUUCUUAACCUUCAGACAAAUCUUUGACAGGUACAGCAUGAUGACAGUUACAAUAUUUAAUUGUAUUGGACUCACUUUUACGAGAGCAGCCCUGCGGUUAAGUGUAAUUUCCUUAACUGUAAUCUUGCACAAUUAUUAACAUAAUUUUUAAGUCCAAGUCCAAGUUUUAAGACCAAAAAACAGCUAGUAAGGCUUGUGAAACACCAACUAGGCUAGUUAGUUUUAGUUUAACCUGCUUGGAAUGUCAAUACAAGGUAGAACAGGAAGUGCUAACCUGCCAGUCAGUCUGUGAAGAUGUCACAGAGUUUAAUCAUAGAAAGGAUUGGGAAUUCUCCACCCUUGAGUGCCCUUUAGCAUCUCACCAAAUGCCUACCAGCUCCAGAUCUUAAGCAAUUUAGGUUUUGUUUCACUUUGUUUUCUCUUACAGUGUGGUACAAUAAAGUUGACUUUAUUUGAGCCAAGAACAGCCUUCACAUUAUUUGUUCAUUUCCACUUGUGAACCUAAAACUGGACAGCAGAGUGAGUGUAUCCGUUGAAUGUGACAGUAAAAACUACAGUCAGAAUUACUAGCAGAAUCAUUUUGGUUAAAAAUACAAACAGUUGCCCAACACUCUUCUUUUCCACCAAAGAUUUUUGGAAAGUAUUAUUUUCUUUCCUCAAUUUUCAAUUUGUUUUAUUUAAUUGUGCUGCACAAAUGUACUGUGCAGUCUCUCAAAUAAUUGAAUUUACCCAAAUAACGAGGGAAACAUGAUGUGAGAAUAAUUUAUGUUGCUGUAUUAUCCAGGUCCAAAUACAUUUUGCUUUGAUACCAAAUUAAAAUAAAUGUUAUCCCUGCCCCUGCUGUUUGCCAACAGGGCCGCAUGGUGCAUUCAAAUGUUGUGCCAGUGCCUCUUGUAGAACAAAAUGUACGGUAUGCUGUAGUAUGUGAUUAAUAUGAGAUCAACAGUUGGAAUGUGGUAAGAAAGGCUGUGGCUUUGGAAUUUAUGUAAAGGUCAAACUAUGUCAGAACAGUCUUAUUAUGUUGCCAAUUCUUUGAAAAAGUGUAAAAAAUGUUUUAAAGUUUAUUGCUUAUAUAAUUAUUGGGAUUAUUUUGCAUGAAAUAAAAAGAAUUUCAAAUAAGUA